ACAGUUCCAUUUCCGAAGAUUGGUCGACCAACGCUGGAAGAAACGAUGCAAUCGUUGAGAGUCGUUCAUCGACAUUCACCCAUGAGGCUAUUGGGUCCUCUCAGCUUGAAAGCUGCGUUUGGAACACCCAUCCCACGCGCUUCACUAUCACAACCAAAGUGGUCGGCCUCAUGUCGGAGUUAUAGCGCUCGUCUCAGUUCAGACCGCUUUGCUCGUCGCACCAUUCCUCGCCCUCCAAUACGUCGACCCACACAUGAACCCGCGUCUGCAGUUGAGCCAGAUCUGUCCCUGGGCGCUUUGCAAACCACGGUAGAAAAUACCGUCCCGGUUCGUUUACCAGAGCGGGAUCCAGAGGGUGCGGUCCUCACGAAAGCGUCGGGUGCAUAUUCGGUGUUGGCUCAUCCUGCUUUGAUGGUGACGAGGCAACUUGAGAUGAUGAAUGUCCUUAUUGGGUAUGAACAAGCAAACAAGUACGCCAUCAAGAACGCCAAUGGCCAAGAUGUUGGAUUUAUUGCAGAGGAGGAGACCUCAUUUUCUGGUGUUUUGGCUCGACAGUUUCUGCGUACCAGACGGCCUUUCAAGGCAGUGGUCCUGGAUCAAAGUGGGAAUGUAGUGUUGAAAGUAUCUCGUCCGUUGAAGUGGUUCCUUAACAGUACGAUAUUGAUACAUGACGCGGAUGACAACCUCAUUGGUGAAGUCACACAAGUAUGGCAUCUCUGGCGCCGAAAGUAUGACUUGUUCUGGAAACGCCGCCAAUUUGCCCAGAUAGAUGCAGGUUUUUGGGCAUGGGACUUUCAUAUACUCGACGAGAGCGGGAUACGGAUCGGUGAAGUGAAUCGCAAUUUUGUGGGCUUUGCUCGUGAGAUCUUUACAGAUACUGGUACAUACGCGAUUCAUAUGGACGAUGUUGAAAGAGUUGAUCGCCCGUUGUCUCUGGAUGAGCGCGCUGUGAUGCUAGCUUGCGCCGUCAACAUUGAUAUUGAUUAUUUUAGCAGACACUCUUCACAUGGUGGUGGCUUCAUGCCAAUACCCUUCUUCGGAGGUAUGGGUGAAGCGGAGAAUACCGGCUCCGGUGUGCCAGCUCCAACCGCUGGAGGGGACGUUACCCCUUCAGCGGGCGCCGGCGGAACAGGUACCGGAGUCUUUGUUCCGUUUGGUAUGAUGGGCGGUAUGGGAGGAAACGAGGGAGCUGCCGGACAGGCACCCCAAGGCGGUGCGUCAGGCCAGACGUCCCCCGCUCCACCUCCACCUCCAACAGAUUCUCAGACAAACCAAUGGGGGGAGAGCCCUUUCAUCUCGGAUGAAGAGGCGGGAGUGGGCAGUGGAGCAGGUGGAUUCUUCGAUGGGUUUUUUGAUGAUGACUGAAUUUUGGCAUAGAGUAAUAUAUUAUUUCCGUUGCGUGCUGAUUCAUCGCCAUUAGCAGAGCA